UCAGGGAAGUACCAUACCAAGCGCACUCUCAGUCUGCAACGAACAUUCAAACGGUCGAGUUGUUUUAAACGGUUAAUUUCAAAAUAAAAUAUAUUUUGAAUACUUUUAACAAAUUUCAAUAUUUUUUCUCUAAGUGGUAAAACUAAUUUAAUUGAUUAUUUAGCACAAGUGAAAAAGUAACUUUAUUAAUAUUGUGGAUUAAAGUUUAAUUAAAAACUAAUUUUACUUUGGAUAUUUUCGUAAAUAUGCAGUUGACAUAUAUAACCUGCCUUUUACUAUUUUUAUUGGCUUCACAACGGGCUCUGGCAGAUGAGGAUAGUUCAACGGAAACCAAUGAGAUUAUACCACGUGAGGCCAUACAAAAAUUAGAUUUUUCAGUAAGACAAGCUCUAUUACGUGCCAUAGAUAAAUUGGAACAGGAAGCCAGUGAAGAUGAUGAUGAUAAUAACGAGAAUGAAACAAAUGUUGCUGCUUCUGAUGGCGAAGUGCAAAAAGUAGAAUCUACAACAAUUAUACCCUCCAGCAUAACUAUACAAAGCACCACAGCUUUGGCUUUAACUUCCCAAACCAAUGAUGAAAUAUUGGAAGAAAGUACUAGUUCCAGUGAUAUAUUUCCUUCAGUUCAAUUUUUUACUGCCACCUAUGAUGAACACAGUGCUCAAGAACAACCAUUGGCGGUUUUUAUCGAUAAAUCAAAAAAGAAAAAUAAAAAUUUAGGUUCACCUGUUGUGGUGUCAACAAAUGUCAAGGAAGAAACCAAAGCCAAUACUCAAGCUGCACGUAGUGUUAGCAAUACAAAUGUACAAACUAAUGAAAUUUCCUUAAAUACUUUAGAUGAGAUUAAAUUCGAAAUACGUAAUUCGAAAUCGAAUCAAAAACCUUCAACUACUACGGAAGCCUCUAUAAGCAGUACAACAACCUCAACUACCCCACGUCCCAGAACAACUAAGAAACGUACUACCACAACAACGACUACGACCACAACCACAACUCCCAGACCCACCCACAAUGAAGAUGGUGAAAAUAUUGAAGUUGUAGCCAAAGAUGAUAUACGUAUACAGGCUGCACCCCUCGUAAGUGCCUUUACAGUGGAUCUAGAUGAAUUGGGUACAGCGAAAAAAGUUAUACCUAUUAUUGAUAAUCCUGCACCGACAGCUGCUACUGCAAUUUCGAGUACUCUGAGAACAUCAUCGAUAUUUCAGCCACCUUUGUUUGGACCAACUAUAACCAAGUUGAGUGUAUUACCAGCUGAUGCUCAAAGAUCUGCUGCUUUGUCAUUAGCUAAUAAUUUACCACCUGCAGUGGCGCCAACUCAACCCACAUUUGGUUCUUCCACAGUGUCUAGUUUGUUUGCUAAUAUUGUUCCCACAGCUGGUCAUUAUAUAACGAAACAACCACAGACAACAAAUUUCAAUCAACAGCAACCACAACAACAGCAAGGAAAUAAUGUCAACAAUUAUUUGAUUGAAAAGCAACGUGAAUUAGAACAACAGAUCUAUCAAUUAAAAUUACAAGCCCAACAGCAACAAGAACUUAUAAUAAGACAACUAAAACUAUUGGAAGAACAGUCUAAACAAAAAAGCAACAACCCAACAAGUUCCACACACUUAACGCAACAGCAGCAACAACAACCUCAAAAUUUGCCUUUAGUUCCACCACAGCAGCAACAGGAGCCAGGGUUUACAAUAAGACCUUCAAUUGAAUUUAUACCAAAUUCACAAACAAAACUUACCCCUAACUUUCCGUCGUACUCAUUAGAACAACAAUUGCCCUUAAAAGAAUCAAAUGGCAAAUAUAUAAAUGGUUUGCAACAGCAAGGUUUUUCUAAUAAUAUUGCGCAACCACAAAAUCAACAGCAACCACAACAAAACUUGCCAAUUGAAAAUAAUCCCAUACAACAAGUUUUUAAGAAAUUGCAAAAUUUACAAAAUUCGAAUAAUCAGGCAGCAACUAGCAUUUCGAGCAUACAAAUUCAGCCAUCGAAUCAAUUGAAUAUUGCACCAACAUUUGCGUCAUUGUUGCCACCGGUGCCAGCCGAAUUGUCGCUAGUGCAAGCAUUGCCACAACGUAAUUAUCAACAAUUUCAACAAAGUCCUCUUGUACCACAAUAUGUGACCAAUGCUUUAGUAGAGCGACAACAACAACAGCAGCAGCAACAACAACAACUUCAACAAAAUAGGGGACGUUUAUUCCGCCAAGAGGGUGAUACAGCAAAUUUUGGUGUAAAUCAAGUACAAAUUCAGCCAAGCAAUAAUAUCUUUACAUCCUACAAUCAACAGCAACAGCAGCAGCCACAAUUACAACUUCAACAAGCAACAAAUAAUUUUGAUAAUCAAAAUUUCUAUAGACAACAUUUAAUUCCUGCAUUUAGCAAUCAAUUACAACAGAAUGCUCAACAAUUUUAUCAACUACAAAAUCAGCAACAACAGCAGCAGCCACCACCACCACAACAACAGCAAAACUCCCAAACAGUUUUAGCUCUUAAUCAUGGUAUUAAUAAUUUUGCACCACAACCACUCCUACCACCAUCACUAUCUUCAGCACCAGGCACGCAAUCACUCGCACAGUCAGCACGUUUCAAUAGCAAUAUUUUCUAAGCCAAUGCCAAGGACAACAAACUGCAAGGACUUUAAACUUUGUCUGCUACAAACUAUUAUUCAUGUAUUACUAUUUUUACCACUCUCUCUCCUUACUACUGUUGCAACUACUUUGCCCAUUCCAUGCACUUUGUAUUAUAAACACUUUUAACCCAGCAAACAAUUUAAUUUUCAAUUUCUCCAGCAACGUCGACCUCUUUUAAUCAGCACAAAUUUUUCCUUUUACAUAUUUUCUAUCUAAGUUUUCAUUACAAAUAUAAAAAUGUUAAAUUUAAGUUAUAUUAAGUUGACUUUUAUGUUUAUUUCAUUUUUGUUUGUUAUUGUUAUAUUUUACAAAA